UUACACACACACAGUUACUGCCACAGCCACACAGUCGGCGGAAAAAGCAAAAAUAAUACGCGAAAAGCAAUAGACAGAACAUCAUGAACGCCAAAGCUGACGUCAACCGACGCGUUUUGACCAUUCAAGCGAAGAAGAAGCGUCAUAAAAACAACAAGAAGCGGGGCAAGCAGAACGGUGUGGUAGCUGGGAAUCCGUCACAGGAACCGCAGCAACAGCAACAGCAGCAGAAUUCCCAGACUGAAAACUGUGCUACGGCAGCAGCACCAGAAAAUGCUAAUAAUAGCCCCAGUAAGCCCGAAGUGCAUCCGUCUGGCAGCGUUGGAAUCGCACCCGCCGCUGUCCCCACCUCCUUUAGUAAGGCCACAGCAACGGCCACAUCCACGUCAAGCGGCGGGUCGGGCAGCACCCCAGAGACCUCCAACCACUAUCAGCCGCCGUCGCAAUUGCAAUCGCAAAUGCAAUCACAGUCGAAGAGCAAUCACAAUCAGCAGCAACAGCAAAAGCAGCAGCAGCAGCAGCAGCCGCCGCGCAGCUCCUCGAACGAGUCGUACGAGUCGGAGCUGAACAGCGAGAACGAGGAGCAGGAGCUGAAGGAGGACUACUGCAAGGGUGGCUACCAUCCUGUCAACAUUGGUGACCUCUUUCAGGGUCGCUAUCAUGUCAUCCGGAAGUUGGGCUGGGGCCACUUCUCUACCGUCUGGCUGUGCUGGGAUCUGCAGGAGAAGCGCUACGUGGCCAUCAAGGUUGUAAAGUCGGCGCCGCAUUUUGCCGAGACGGCCAAGGAUGAGAUCAAGAUACUCAGAACGGUGCGCGAGACGGAUCCGUCCAAUCCGCGCCGCCAAAAGACCGUGCAGAUGCUGGAUGACUUCAAGAUUAGUGGGGUAAACGGGACCCACAUUUGCAUGGUGUUUGAAGUGCUGGGCGACAAUCUGCUGAAGCUCAUCCGCAAGUCCAAUUACCGCGGCAUACCACUGGCCAACGUAAAGGCCAUUACGCGCCAAAUACUGGAGGGCCUGGACUACUUGCACACCUGCUGCAAAAUCAUCCACACAGACAUCAAGCCUGAGAACGUGCUGCUAUGCGUGGACGAGCCGCAUGUGCGCUCCAUGGCCACUGAGGCCACCAAGCUGUACUGCAUGAACUCCAAGAUGUACCCGUCGCUGGUCAGUCGGGCGCCCAAGGAGUAUCGCGAGCCCCAGAUCACCGGCAAGAUGAGCAAGAACAAGAAAAAAAAGCUCAAGAAGAAGGCGAAGAAGCGCAUGGAGCUGUUCAAGAAGCAGCGGGACUAUCUCGAGCAGACCGGGCAGUCAGCUGCAGACGCAAAUGCUGCUGAGGUCCAGGCGGACUGUGUCGCGAACCACAAUGCAAAUUCGGUGCAGAAUGGCGAUGUUGCCAUCUCCGAUGGAGAGGAGGACUUAGACGUGGACGUAAAGCUGGAACAAGAUCCAGAAGAGAACGACGGUGAUGAUGAGGAUGUGGCUGUUGAGCAGCCUGUGGUGCCCAAGCAGGAGACGGAGCCGGAAGGGGAGGCCAUCAGCCACCAGGCACCGGGAGAUAAUACUGAGAAAGCCAAAAAGAAGAAGAAGCGAAAGAACAAGAACAAAUCCAACCAGUCUCAAUCUCAGCAGCCUCAGCAGCAAUUUGAGAACUCGACGAGCAGCGGCGACAAUAUCAAUGCCGGGAAGAGCGGCGUCCACACCAACGGCAGUAGCAGCAACAGCAACAGCAAUAGCAAUAGCACAGUUAAGGGACAAUCAAAUGGCGCGGCAGACGGCAAGAAGAUGCCGCUUCGACCUAAACAGGAGAAGCAGCAAGAGCAGCAAUCGUAUCAGCCGCUGAACAACAACAACUCCAGUUCGAAGCAGACUUCGAACAGUAAUUCGAAAAUCUCAAGCAACUCAAUGUCGAACUCCUCGUCGGCCACCAAUGAACCAUAUUCCGAUCCGGGAGUGCCGCCGGCGCCACCUCCGCCGCUGUCAAAGCACAGGCCGAAGCGAGAGCCGGCUCUGGAGGAGUGCAACGUGCAAGUGAAGAUUGCCGAUCUGGGCAAUGCCUGCUGGGUCGAUCGCCACUUCACGGAGGACAUUCAGACGCGGCAGUAUCGAUCACUUGAGGUGAUCCUGGGCUCGGGCUACGACACAUCGGCAGACAUCUGGAGCACUGCCUGCAUGGUCUUCGAGCUGGCCACGGGAGACUAUCUCUUUGAGCCACACUCCGGCGACACGUACUCCCGGGACGAGGAUCACUUGGCCCAUAUCAUAGAGCUGCUCGGCCCCAUACCCCGUCACAUCGUGUUCCGCGGCACCUAUGCCCAGCAGACGUUCAGCAGGAACGGGGAGCUCCGCAACAUAACGGGACUGAAGCCCUGGGGUCUGAUGGAUGUGCUGCUAGAGAAGUACGAGUGGCUGAACAGCGAGGCGGAAUCAUUCGCCUCCUUCCUUAAGCCCAUGCUAGAGUUCGAUCCGGCAAAGCGAGCCACCGCUGCGGAGUGUCUGCAGCAUCCCUGGCUUAGAUAAGAUACGAUGCCACCUGGUUGUUGGUUGCGUGCCACCCAGCCAGCAGCUGAUGGAGCAGGGGCCGUAGGACUAAGAGAGGCAGGAGCAACCUUUGUAGAGUCAUCGGCAUCUGUGGCCACAUUGGCCUCCAUUUCAUCAGUUGCGUCUACAUCGGCUGCAGAUAUGGCACCGCCCACACCUCAUCCACAUGCGGCUAAUUCAACAUCCACAGUCCGUACAGCGCCGGCCACACCCAUGCGACGACGCAUCAUCAACGACGACGCCGAGCGGGAUGUUUUAGAGAUGCUUGAUCUAAAUGUUUCCCAGAUGGAGGAGUCACAGCCAUAUCCGAAGUCCAAAUCUCAGCGCAUUUUCUGGCGUAAAGCGUUACGGCGCGUCUUCCAGCGCCGCAAGUGACAUCAGCGGCGGCGUCGACGACGGGACUUGCCCCGUUGGCAUCGUCCCGCCCGUCGCUGCCGGCGUCGCAACCUGGCCGAGCGUGUGCGUCGCAUCUGCGCCUGCUGCUCCUACGGCCAGAUUCUGCUGCGGGCCGCCCGCGUUGCCCUACUCAGCUGCAUCCGUUGGCGAACGCGCGGCAACAUACGCAACAGCAACUUCUAGCAAUCACUAAACACCACAGCCAAUCAGCAACCAGCGACCGACGGCCAGCAAACAGUAACCAGCAACCAACAACCAUCAACCAGGAACCACGGAAAGGCGCUAAUAUGCCUGAUCUACACCUGCUCCCACGUGAACCAAUUUGAAUUAUAUCGUUUAAUGUUAAUGAUGAGAUAUCCAUUCGGUUUAGUUUUUAGAUAUGCCAGGUCUUUAUUUAUUUCCUGUGUUUUACAUCGACAAUUAGACUAUUUUCGUUGGUACAUAAGAAAUUAAACACUGUAUUACUACCUAGACCUACACCCACCCUACCACUAAUCCUGUACAUAGGACAGCCGGCACUUUGCCUGGUCGGUGCUCAUGUCCGUGCCCUUACCCGUACCGUGACCCCAUAAUCGACCAUGCACCAUCCAACUUGUUGACAGAAACCCCCACAACAUGAAUCAUUUAAUCGCAAAGGCCCCAAACAACUAUACAAUAUAUAGAUAAAUGUCUAUUUGUUAGUGUACAUUUAGCCAAGAGGCGAAUCGGUAAAUGUAGCACACGAGUAAAUAGCGAGUUUAUAGCGAACAUAGUUAAUUGAACUAGAGUCCAUUGGUCUGCAAGGGCCGAAAAGGAGUUUUUUUAUUAGCAUAUGUCGAUGGAAAUGUACAUGGGAAAGCAUUCAUUAAUGAGCUGAAAAUAACAAUAAUACAAACGUAGCUAAUUGGUUUAUCCUCGGUUGAGAGACCGUCUGAACAAACUGAUAUCAAGCCACGAGUAGUAGAAGAAAAAGCAAACCAGAACUUCAAGAGCACUACCAACAAAAAAUUAGGUUACAACAGCCACAAGUGAAUCCAAUCUUACAUCUUAAGCGGAACUAAGUAGUAUGCAAAAGAAUAUCAAUGUAGCUGCCACUAACAAAAUAUUGUUCAACAUUUAAUAAUAGCGCAAGAAACACAA